AAUGGAUUAAAAUUAACUUUCUGAGGCAAUUCAGAAAUUAGAAUUAUUUUUUAGUUGUCGUUAAUUGGAUGAUUUGGACACAAUGAGUGUUAGCGAUCCAUACAUAAUUCUAUUUUAAAAAACUAAUUAAAACAAUUGUAAUGAACUGCCUUUGAUAAGUUAGGGAGUAAAAUAGGAUAAACAGAAUUAAUUUGGAACAAUUUAAAUCCAAAUUUUGCAACAUCAAUUAUAAUAGAGUAUUAUUUUGAAGUUCACCAAUAUCUUAAAUUGGAAGUACAUCACUAUGUUAGUUAAAAUGAAUCAAAAGUAAUGAGAAAUAUAAAAGCUUAUAGAUGAUCGGAAUCGCAGAGACUUCUCUUGCAGCCAUAGCAGGAGCAAAAGAUUAAAUACUAAUGGCAGAUCUGUUUAGUCUAUAAGGAAAAAAAAGUGGAAAAAUUGUUGUUAAGGCUGAUUAAGUGAAACACUGUAAUGAUGACUUAGAAAUUACAGUUUCCGGUUAAAAUAUACCUGACACCAGAAUUGGGUUUUGGCAUGGUGCGUGUCCAUUCUUAAGAUUCUAUAGAUUGAGAAAAGAUGAUAGUAAUCCAAUUUUAGUUUAUGAAUCUGAAUUUAUAAAGGACUCUUCAAAUCCUACUUGGAAAACUAUAUAAUGUAAAUCAUAGAAGCUUUGUAAUGGAGAUUAUUAAAUGCCAAUAAAAGUAGAAGUUUGGGAUCAUAGAACGUCAGGUAAGCAUCUGUAUUUGGGAGAAACUACAUUCUGCAUUGAAGAACUGAGAGAUUCAUUUACAUAGAAUAAACCAUAAAAAAAAGAAUUCAGAAAUAAAUAAAAGAAUAAUUCUCCUGCUGGUACAAUAACUUUUGAAAAAUUCAAUCUAAAAUGCAAAUAUACAUUCUUAGAUUAUUGUGAGGGAGGUUAAUAAUUGAACUUAAUCCUUGGAAUUGAUUUUACUGCUUCAAAUGGUCAUCCUAAAGACAAAAAAUCAUUGCAUUAUAUUUCAUAGGAUUCAAAUUCAAGUUAAUAUUUAUAGGCUAUUACCAGUGUAGUUGAAAUUUUGAUAAAUUAUGAUCACGACAAGAAAGUGCCAAUCUAUGGUUUUGGGUGUCAACCAGCAUUCAAUUUAAUUAAUACAAAUUAAACCUUACAUCUCUUUCCUUUGAAUGAUAAUCCAGAAGAUCCUGAGUAAAUUUUAUCUUAAUUCAUUUAGAGUAUAUGGAUUAGAUGGGAUCGUCUAAUGUUAUAGAAAUGCUAUUUAAAAUAUGCAAUUAGAUGGGCCAACAUAUAUACAUCCUGUCAUAGCCAAGGCAAUGGAGAUGGCAGUGCAAAGUAAACUUAAAGGAAGCCAGAACUAUUUGAUUUUAAUGAUUCUAACGGAUGGACAAACAGAUGAUUUACAAUUGUCAAUAGAUGAUGUAAUAGAGUCAUCUCAUUUACCAUUAUCAAUUAUCAUUGUGGGAAUAGGAAAUGCAGAUUUCAAGAAAAUGACCAUACUCGACAAUGACGACAAUAGCAUGGUUAAUAGUAAAGGAUAAAAGGCUCUAAGAGAUUUAGUAUAGUUUGUCCCAUUCAAUCAAUUUAAGCAUGAUUCAACUCUGUUAUCAAGAGAAGUCUUGGCUGAAUUACCUAAUUAAUUGGUCGAGUACAUGGAAUUAAUGAAAAUUCCGCCGAAACCACCAACAUGUAAAAUAAGUUAUUUAUUAAAAUUAGAUAAAAAGAACUUACUACAAUAUUAGUAAUUUUAGUAAAAUCAGCAGAAUAAGGUUAACUAGCAAUCUGGGAACACAGGAUUUACAACUCAAAACUAAGGUUAAGGAUUCGCCUAACAAGGGUUUUGA